AUGAGGUGCAACAGUACGGCUCAGAAGCGGAAUCCCAUCGCCACAAACAAGUCGGCGCCUCCGCAGAACGGCUCCACCGCUGAUGGGACCAACCCCAAGCCCUCCUCCCCUUCUCACUCGCCUGUUGCAGGGGAAAGAAAAGUGAAGAAUCUGAGAUUGUCCAAGGCACUUACUAUUCCUGAGGGGACCACUGUGUCAGAUGCCUGUAGGAGAAUGGCGGACAGGCGUGUUGAUGCUGUUCUCUUGACUGAUGCUUAUGCCUUGCUUUCUGGGAUUGUUACUGAUAAGGACAUAACUACCAGGGUCGUAGCCGAAGAGUUGAAACCAGAACAGACAACAAUUUCGAAAGUAAUGACAAGAAACCCAAUUUUUGUGAACUCUGAUACAUUGGCUAUAGAUGCUUUGCAAAAGAUGGUCCGAGGGAAAUUCCGACAUCUCCCUGUGGUUGAGGACGGUGAAGUUAUAGGUGUGUUAGAUAUCACAAAGUGUCUGUAUGAUGCCAUAUCAAGAAUGGAAAAGGCUGCAGAGCAAGGAAGUGCAAUCGCAGCCGCAGUCGAAGGCAUCCAAUGUCAACUUGGAAGCAAUUUUUCUGCACCAUUGGCUUUUAUAGAAACACUCAGGGAGCGCAUGGUCAAGCCUUCACUGUCCACUAUCAUUUCAGAGACUUCCAAGGUUGCAACUGUAUCGCCUUCAGAUCCUGUUUAUGUCGCUGCUAGAAGAAUGCGUGAAUUACAGGUCAAUUCGGUUCUUAUUAUGCCCGGAAGCAUCAUCCAGGGGAUUCUCACCUCAAAAGAUAUACUCAUGCGGGUUGUAGCACAAAACCUAUCUCCUGAGUUGACAUCCGUCGAAAAGGUUAUGACUCCUAGCCCUGAAUGUGCAUCGCUAGAGACAACUAUUCUGGAAGCAUUGCACAUAAUGCGUAAUGGGAAUUUUUUGCAUCUUCCAGUUGUAGACAAAGAUGGAGGUGUGGCCGGCUGCCUUGAUGUUUUGCAAAUAACUCAUGCUGCAAUUUCUAUGGUUGAGAGUAGCUCUGGCACUGUGAAUGACGUUACAAAUACAGUGACGCAAAAUUUCUGGGAUUCAGCUCUUAAUUUGGAAGCCUCUGAUGGUUAUGACACUCACAGUGAGAUGUCUAUGUCUCAUAAUGUCCCUUCAGAUGAUACCGAGCAUGCAAAGUCUGCGUACCCAACUCUCGGCCUUGGGAACUCGUUUUCUUUUAAAUUCAAGGACCAAGAAGGGCAUGUCCACCGAUUUAAUUUCGGCACUGAAAGUCUAGCUGAACUCGUCUCUGCUGUUAUGAAUCGGGUGGGCGCAGACAGUGAUCAACAUCCCCCUCAGCUUCUGUAUGAAGAUGACGAAGGUGAUAAAGUACUGCUCACGACAGAUGAAGACCUUAUUGGUGCUGUAAGUCAUGCAAGAUCCGAGGGGCAAAAGGUUUUGAGGUUACAUUUGAAGUAUCGCAGUUCAAGACGAGAGACAGAGCAGCUGUUGUCUGAAAAGACUGGGCCGCCCUCUACACAUUUCGGUAUAUUUGCACGCGCACUCUUUCUCACAGGCAUUGGCGUGUUAGUCUGCUUGAAGCGAACGAAAACUUGA